AUCCAGUUCUAAUUUUGUCUUGCUGAAAUCUUGCCAAAGCACGAGGAGGUAACGUGAAUGUCGGCGUACGUGUGUGUGUGAGCUGUGGUUUGGCAGGCUGUGUUAUCUCCUGCCGUCCCACUGGGAGAGGACAGCCCAUCACCAACGUCCCAAUGAGUUCAAUAGAGGAGCAGAAAUAAAAUAAAAAUCAAGCAACGAGAGAAAUGGGAAAAUAGAAACAAGAGCGAAUAGAGAGAGAGCGAGUGAGAGAGAGUGAGGGAGAGAGCGAGGGAGAGAGAGAGAGAGAGAAAAAGCUCCAUAACUCCAGUGAUUCCCGGACUGGCUGGCAGUAAGCUUUGUACUCGGAUCUGCCCGCUCUGAUGGGGAUUUCAUGCUCGUGCAGCCAGUGUUGGGGAUCCUGAGGGCAACACAGGUUUCUGCUGCUGAUCACGGUCUCUUCGUUUCCAACAGCUCGACCAUAUGAGCCCACAGAGAUGAGAGUCAGGACAGCUAAUCUCAACCUACUACUGACGGCUAAUGGAACACCAACCAAUGACAGCCACUAGAAUCCAAAAAGGGAGCUAAAAGAAGAUCGAAUGAGAGCGUCCCACGAACGACUGGCAGAUAUGAGAGUGGUUCUGGUAUGUGGCCUCCUAUCCCUUCUCUCUUUGUCACAUGCAUGCCCAAAGGAGUGUAACUGCAACAGCAACACCAAGGUAGUAGACUGCCGGGGUAGAGGUCUAUAUGACAUCCCCCGACGACUGCAUCCAGACACCCAAGAACUGUAUCUCCAAGACAACCGCAUCAGGGGUCUGGGAUCAAUGGCUUUCCGAGAAAUACCACUUGUCCGCAUUCUCGAUCUAUCUAAUAACUCUAUAACAUUGGUUUCGCCAACUGCCCUGCUUGGUCUCAGAACUCUACAGCAUCUCAGCCUGGCCUCCAACAGCCUGAGAGAGCUCGACAAGCGGUUGCUCGGACCCAUCCACUCGCUUUCGCACCUUGACCUCUCACACAACAGCCUGUGGGGUUUGCCUGGAGCCAUAGGCGACAGUUUGAGGAACCUAAGCCACCUGGGGCUCGCACACAACAGGCUAACAAGAUUGGACCGCUCCUUGUUGGAGGCUCUGACCCGCCUGGACAGCCUCACACUACGAAAUAACCCAUGGAGGUGUGACUGCCAGCUCAUAGGCCUCAAACUCUGGCUGGAGACCUACCUCUAUAAAGGUGGCGUGGUGGAUGAGGUGCUUUGUUCCCAGCCAGAAGAAAUGAAGGAUAGAGACCUGCAGAAAGUACCUUACCAGCUCUUCCACUCCUGCAUGACCACGAGCUACCAUUACCUGUUUGCCAACAUACACCACUUGGAGAACGAGAGGCUACUGCGCGGCCACACCCAUGGCAACCAUGCUCAUCCCUCCAGCCAUGCCAUCCACGUCCCCAUGGCAAUGGGGGAGGGUUUCAGUGGUGGAGGAGGAGGCGGAGGAGGAGGGGGUUUGCCAGAGUGUGAACCUAAGCAGAGGCAGCGGCCUGUCAACUUGCGCCAUGCAAUCGCCACGGUGAUCAUCACUGGCGUAGUGUGUGGGAUUGUGUGCCUGAUGAUGCUCGUCGCCGCGGUGUACGGCUGCGCUUACGCCGCUAUCAUGGCCAAAUAUCAGCGGGAGCUUAAGAAGAACGAGGAGUCGGCAGCAGCAAAGCGGGCAGAUCAUGCUGCGGCUGAGAAGGAACCGCUGGAGAACGCCAUAGCCUAAGAGAUGAUAACGUGAACCCUGGACCUAAUUCCUGGUCCUCAACCCUUUAACUUAAUCUGCUCUGGAUGCCACGUGCGUGUUAGUGCAUGUGUGGGAAAAAAAAUGAAGGGUGUGAUUCUUUAUGUGUUGGAGUGUGUGUAUGUUCACUUCCUUUCUGAGACUUGGGUAGCUAAUCUUAAUUAGUAUUUGACUAUGCACUGAUAAGAAGAGUACCUUCUACUGUAUGCGGGUUUGUGGGGAAGGCCAAAGAAUCCAAAAGGAAUCAAUUCCAUUUUUUUUUGAGAAAUGCAUAUCACAGAUAAGAACAAGUUGCUAUAUAUUUAUAUUUGUGUACUUGUAGGUCUAAUAGUAAAGCUCUAGUAUCUUGAAAAUGGAUUUCAGAAUUAGCUGUCUUUUGGUUAUUCAUAAAACUUGAGUCUGAUUGAGGUAACUCGUAGUAAGCAGCUGCUGUCAGUUCAUUUCUGUUGUAAUAUUAUUAACGUGAGAGUGUGAGAACAAAGAUGAGAGUUUUGUGUCGGUAUUUGAUUUGUGCUUUAGUGUGCUUGUGGAGAUGUACACUGUAGUCACAAAUUUAUAAAGAAUUUAAGAGUUUGUGCCUAAAAACGUCAUAGUUUUGAGAAGUAUAUAUGUUUUCUUAAAGGAUAUUUUUCUGACAACACAAGUGAAGAUGGAAAUUUCACUUAAGCAAUAAUGACUCAAACUAAAACGAAAACAACAAAACCUGAACUCGGCAUUGUUGUUUUUCUUAAAACUUCCUAAAACUACAGCUUUAUAAGGAUUAAUGACUUCCUGCUGCACAAAGUCACACUUACAUACAGAUAUUUUUUAAAUUGACAGUUUUGGAGAUCAGUUGAGUCUUGUUUGUGAGUCAAUACUGAUUACAUAAGUGUAGUCAUGUCUUUCAAAAUGUAUUACAUAAAAUAAAAGGAAAUAUUUUACCUCACGACUAUAUGUCUACUGGCAACUACUUUAACAAGGCAUGCAUAAGUAUUUGGAGAAAGUAUCUUAAUCCUUCUAACGGAGUUCCCAGCAGACCCCAGAUAUAUAGUUUUUUUAAUUAAUAACACUUAUGUGUCAUUCAAAUUUUGUAUGGUCUGUUGAUGAAUUUAUUCUUAAUGACUGAUCAUUGUUUUCUUUGUUUGUUUACUAGGUGCUUUUUAAAUGACCAUUUUAAAUACCAAUGUAUUAAAGCACCUUAGUGCAGCCUUUGAUGUUUUAAUAGAUAAAAUGGAAUACAGCAA